GUCAUGUUAAGCUGUUCGCUAUGGAGAUUCCUGUCAACGACUGUUCCGAUCAUGGAUUCGGACCGGCGAGCUGCCGAAGGUUUGAUUUUACUCUGGUAUUUGAGCAAAGCAUACUGUCGAUCCUGCCAUCGGCUGCCCUGAUCAUCCUGGCGUUUGUGCGCGUCCACUUUCUGUACGGAUCGAGUGUCAAAGCUAUGCCACACCCGGUAUUCAAGGUUAAAGUGGUCAUGGCCGUCGCAUACAUUGGUCUUCAAUUAGCGCUGGUAGUACUCUGGAGCUCAGUCGCCUCAGUCCAAACCGGGGUGCCUAUUGCAUCUGCCGCUCUAUCAUUUAUCGACUCGCUCGUUAUUUUGCUCCUGUCCUUUGUAGAGCAUUGGAGGUCAUACAAACCUUCAUCUUUACUUCUUACCUUUCUCUUGUUUUCUGGUCUUUUUGACGUUGUUUACAUUCGAACUCUCUUUCUAAUAUCCGAAUUUCCCAUUUCUGUAAUCAAGACGGUCGCAUUGGUGGUGAAGAUCGUGCUGUUUCUCCUUGAAACGCAAUCCAAAAUUGGUUAUUUGAAGGAGCCUUACAAGAGUUACUCACCAGAAUCAACUGGUGGCAUUCUCAAUUGGAGCUUUCUUUGGUGGCUUAAUAACCUCUUCAUCACCGGCUUCCGGAAGAUUAUGACUUAUGGCGAUUUAUUCAACAUCGAUGAAAGAAUCAACUCUCGGGUCCUGGACGAGAAAAUGGGAGGCUCAUGGAAAGUAUAUAGACAUUCGGAGAAGAGACAUGCGCUAGCAAUUGCAGCAGCAUCUUGCUUGUUCUCAGAAUGGCUCUUAACCCUACUUCCACGCCUUGCACUCGUUGGAUUUAACUAUGCACAACCUUUUCUGAUCAGUCGCUCUAUCAGUUUACUCAGUCAACCGGAUUCACAGCAAUCUACCAACUAUGGAUAUGGCAUAAUUGGUGCGACGGUUCUACUGGCCACAGUACAUUAUCGGCAACGUGUGUUUCGAAUCAUUACUAUGUUCCGCGGAGCAAUGGUUACUCUCAUCUAUAACCACACUUUAGAGAUCCAGGAUGGUUUGCAAUUUGAAGGUGCAGCUUUAACUUUGAUGUCAACAGAAAAUAUCGUGGAGUCGCUGGAGCCAAUCAACGAGAUUUGGGGAAGCACAAUUGAAAUGGCCAUCGGUAUAUGGCUCUUGAAAAGGCAAUUAGGAGCGAACUGUUUUGCACAUUUGGUCAAGCAUCUGUGGCGAAGCGUAUUGGUCAAAAGCGACAAAUGUGGACUCAAGCGAUCCAGGAGCGUGUUUCUACGACAGCGUCUGCACCUUAACUCUGUCAAAGCUAUCAAACUGAUGGGACUUGAGAGGAUCUUGGAGGCUACAUUGCAGAACUUGCGGAUCCACGAACUAUGUGUUUCAGGCGGAUUUAUGUGGCUCAUUCUUUUUCUGAAUUUACUUGCGACGGCCCCAGCUAUCUGGUCACCAGCCAUAGCUUUUAUCGCGUUCACCAUCCAGGCAAAAAUUCAACACUCGACUCUUCUUUCGACGGAACAAGCUUUCACUUCAUUAGCCGUCAUUUCGCUCGUGACUAUCCCAGCGGAAAGUUUUAUGGUUGCGAUCCCCCAUACUGGUGCUUGCCUAGGUUGCUUCACACGCAUCCAGGACUACCUUCGCCUCCCCUGUCGGAACGAUCAUCGGAGUGGCCCUCUACAUCUAUCGGAUACUGCCCCGUCCCCCUCUGAUAGCUCUUCGAAACAUGUCGAGCUAAAAUGCCUAAAUAUAAAUCCAUCGGUUUCAUCCAUGGAAAAUGCAAUCUGUCAAAAGGACGUGACUCUUCGCCCUGCACCGGCGGCUUCACUUGCACUUGAUAAUAUUUCUCUCUCCGUUCCACCCUCGUCGCUGGUCAUGGUCGUAGGACCAGUUGGUUCUGGGAAAACAACUUUGAUUAAAGCCAUUCUAGGCGAACUCCCUUGUGAAAGUGGCUCAGUGUCCGUUGCAUCGAAGCAAAUGGCCUACUGCCAUCAAAAGCCAUGGCUGACCCACACGUCUAUCCUUCAAUCGAUUUGUGGGCUAUCCGAAAGUCAGGCGGUAGACGAAGCCUGGUAUAAAAUCGUGGUAUAUGCUUGUUGCUUAGAAGCGGAUAUUAAAAUGUGGCCAGAAGGUAGCCAUACCAUCAUUGGGAAUAAUGGACUUAUUUUGAGCGGAGGGCAAAGGCAGAGAUUGGCGCUGGCUCGAGCUGUUUAUGCCCGAAGAGAUAUCAUUUUACUUGAUGACGUGUUCAGCGCCCUUGAUGCGACAACAGAGGAUAUGGUUUUUUCUAGGCUGCUUGGAAACCAAGGCUUGCUGAGGAAACUGAAUAGCACCGUAGUGCUUGUCACUCAUUCUGUCAAACACCUCCCUUUCGCAGAUGAUGUAGUCAUUCUUGAUCAGGGUCGUAUUGUCCAAGAUGCGCGCGACGCCACAGUCUCCAAAAUAGAGGUACUAAAAGAUACUAUGAUGCAACCCUCGCAGCUGGUGGAGAAAGAUACGCAAUCAAGUCAAGACGCAAAUGAAUUACCAGGCUUAUCAACCAUUGAACAAGAUCUGGUCCGGCGCACGGGCGAUAUCGAGGUUUACAAGUACUAUGCUAAAUCGAUUGGAUGGAAGUACACGUCUCUAUUUGCGAUCGCUAAUAUCGGAUAUGCUUUUGCAAUCGCGUUUCCUCGGGCUUGGUUAGUAUUGUGGGUGAAAGCUGGUGGCGAUCAGCUUCACAUUUACAUUCCUAUAUAUGUGGUGUUGUGUAUUCUGGCAGACAUCUUUCUCGCUGGAAAUUUGUGGGUGACUUUCAUCAAGAUAUUACAGAAAUCGUCGGCUCGGCUCCAUGAAAAUUUACUCGAAGCAGUCAUGAGAGCUCCGCAAUCAUUCUUUGUGCAAACUGAUACCGGGGUUACUCUGAAUAGAUUUAGUCAAGAUAUGUCUCUAAUCGACAACAACUUGCCUAUUGCGCUCAACAAAACCGCAGCUGAAUUUUGCAAUUGUGUUGCCCAAGCUGUACUGGUAUGCACAGGUUCCAGCUACAUGGCUCUCACGGUUCCAUUUACUCUGCCAAUCAUUUAUCUAAUUCAGAAUGUCUACCUGAGAACCUCUCGUCAACUUCGUCACAUGGACCUAGAAGCCAAAAGUCCAAUAUAUUCACACUUCUUGGAGACCUUAAAUGGACUCUCAACCAUCCGAGCAUUCGGUUGGCAGCAGUCAUCAAAGAACAUCAACAUCCGCCACCUUGAUGCUUCACAGAAGCCGUACUAUCUUUUGUUUUCCAUCCAGAGAUGGUUGAACCUAGUUCUAGACCUCCUUGUGGCCGCACUAGCAGCCAUUCUUGUUUCCCUUGCCUUUUCUCUGAGGCAUAGCACUAGCCCCGGUCUUUUAGGGGCGGCGUUAAACACGAUCCUCGUGCUGAAUCAAUCACUGCAAAAGCUAAUUACAUCUUGGACAUCACUUGAGACAUCUUUAGGAGCUAUUGCCAGAGUCAAAUCACUUAUUGCUUCGACACCAACAGAAAAUCAACCCAGAGAGGACAGAGAGCCCCCUGCGGCAUGGCCAGACAAGGGUGGAAUUCAUUUUGAUUCAGUGUCGGCUUCGUACGAUGGGGUAACCAUGGCUUUGAGCAACAUCACGAUGCAGAUAAAGCCUGGUGAGAAGAUCGGCAUCUGUGGGCGUACUGGCAGUGGCAAGAGUUCUCUGGUCCUUACUCUCCUCCGCCUCCUUGACAUUUCAGCAGGCCGUAUCAUCAUUGAUGACGUGGAUCUUUGCACAAUUCCGCGGCACGAAGUUCGAUCGCGAAUUAUCACCAUUCCUCAAGAUCAAUUCACGCUAGAUGGCUCUGUCCGCCUUAACGUCGAUCCUUCCGGGUGUAUUUCCGACAAGGAUAUUCGGGAUGCACUUCAAAAGGUGCACCUUUGGCAGAUUAUCGAGGCUCGUGGCGGUCUCGAUGGGAAAAUGGAUGCCGGCUCAUUCUCCGCUGGAGAGCAGCAGCUCUUCCGACUUGUUCAGGCCAUACUCCGGAAGGAAGGCCGCAAGAUUCUUGUUCUUGACGAGGCAACUAGUAAUGUUGACGGUGAUACGGAUCUUCUGAUGCAGAAGCUUGUCAAGAAAGAGUUUAAGGACUUCACCGUAUUGACAAUUGCACAUCGGGUCGACACAAUACUCUGCUAUGACAAAGUGGCUGUCUUUGAUAAGGGAACAUUAGUGGAAUUUGAUUGCCCCCAGAAGCUUUUAAAAGCAAAUAAUAGCGUCUUUGGGAGUUUAUAUAGGGCCAAAAAAGCAGAAUAAGACCUAACCUUCUCGAACCCUCCGACGACUCUCAGAUAUACUAUUGAGAUCCCGUAGCGGAGGUUCGAGGCACAGGAUGGAAAGGAAGUAGAGGAUCCGCAUUGCUAGCACGAUUUGAUGCGGAUAAAAGUUGGCCCGUGUGUGUAGGCCAAAAAAAGGCUGAUGUUUCAAGUUGGAUUCCGCAUCCUUACGCGAUUUCCGUCUUCUGCUUUUGCUUUUCAUACCCGAGUCAGUUUUCUUGUUAUAUCAAACUUGAUUUCGAUCCAUGACAAUAGCGGAUUUGCUGCCUGGCUCCUUGCAGGGUUCCGCUAGGGUUGAACAUACAAGUUGGAUUGCCUAAAGAGCUCAUUGGAUACGCUCUGUACCUUUCUAU